AUGAAUGAGAUAGAAUCAAUGCAUACAGAUUUACUCCGUUGUUGUGGACGACUGGCGCUGGAGUCAAGUCUUUUUCCUCUAGCUUUUGAAAUGUUAACAAGAGCACUAGACAGGGAGCCAACAGAUUCUAAUACCCUUUUGAUGUUAAGCAAGGCUUAUCUGCUGAGUGGUGAUGCCGCUAGCGUUAUUAGAAUGUUGGUAAAUGCAAUUAAUACUGGUGUUUCUACUAUUGCAUCUGACAGUAGGGUCUGGACAGUGCUGGCGUUGUGCUAUGACCAGUUAGAUGGGUUCGAAGAUUCUUUGCAUGCAGUCACACAGGCACUCUUACUAGAAUCUUAUCACACGGUAGAUCCAGACUUGCACGUAAUGCAAUGCCGAUUCUUCUUAAAGCAAGGUACUCAUCAUUAUCCGUUAGAUGCAUUAUUACCAUAUUUUGAUAAAAUGUUAGAAUCUGUUAGAAUGAGCGGUUCUACUCCUAAUGUCCAUGUUGAAGCGCUUGUGUCACGUGCACAGCUGCUUUACAAAUAUUCUGAAUUUGAAAAAGCUUUAAUUGAUCUAGAGACUGCAAUGGCACUUUUAAAUUCCAAACCGGAAUAUUUCAAAGUUGGCGAGAGGUUAGCUAAAAUUAGUUACACCUCUCUUUUAGCUUCAACUUUACAAUUCCUAGCGAAUAGACCAACAAAUUCGUUAAAAUUGGUAGAAGAUGCAAUUUCUUCUUAUCCACACACGGCUAAAUCCGUGCAACCGUUAAUUUUAGCCAGUGGUAUGAUGAAUUCAAUUCUAGAAAAAGAUUUAGCCAGUACAUUGGAUAGAAUGGUCUUAGAAGAACCUUAUUCUGCCAAAGGAUCAUCCUUUUUGAUGAAUUAUAUCAUUGCAAGAAUCCUUUUACAAUUGGAUCCAGUUCAUAACGUCUAUGGAGCAUAUGGAUAUUACCAGAGAGCACUAAAUUUAAACAUUUCUAAACCAUAUACAUGGAUUUCUAUUGGAUCAUUAUAUCUGAGAUUAGGUCAGAUAAAUGAUGCGUUGUCGGCUUAUACCCAGGGGAGUGUUCUGGCACUUGAAUCUUCACAAGCUGCCGAACAAACUAGUAAUGCAAAUUCAAAAUUUCUGAUUAAUUUCAAUCAUCUCUUCGGCGCAUUGGCAUGGUUUGGUAUCGCACAAACUUAUAUUUUCAGUAGAGAUCUAGCCAGUGCGGUAGAGGCAUUAUCACGUUCCGCUCAAUUGUUUGCAAAGGCAAAUAACCCUCAACAAGUUGAUGAAUUACAGAGACAAAUUCAAACCUUAUCACUUUAUUUGAACAACCCUGUUAAUACUGUUAACGUUGAAUAUACAAUUCCUGAUAUCCCGUUCCAGUUAUUAUUAGAUUUGUUGCUAUAUCAUGAUUCCGAUGCAUUUGCAGUUAAAGAUCGUAUUGAAAAAAGUCAACGAGAUUCUAUUUCAAGAGCAACAACUGCAUACGGAGCAACACCAACUCCCAGCCCCGCUAAUUCUUUUGUUAAAGUGGAAGAAAACGGUAGCAAUAUUCUGAACUCAAAAAAACUUUCUAGACCCAAUAGUAGUAACAAAGUGGAGAAGAGGAAAAAUAGUGUUGGUAAUAGAUCAAGAAAGAAUAGUACUUCCGUUUUUAAAAGUGCGAGUUUCUCUUCAAGUAAUAGAUCACCUCUGUUGAACGGUACUGGUAAUCUAGCAACAACAACAACAACUAGUACAUCGGCUACAGCACCGACUCCAAUUACUUUAGAAGCGCAUGUCAGUAAAUCAUCGAGGAACUCACCAAACCUGGUUCCAUCACAACAAAGGUUAACACCAUUAUUACCCAAAAAUAAUUUCCCCCAUCAAUACGGUGAGUAUGCGAAACCAGAGACAGUUUUAAAUCAGCAAUCUCAUCAAUCUCAUCACAUGGCAAGCCCUCAGAUAAAUUCCGUCAAUACAUAUUAUCCACAGGUGAUACCAGGUAUGGGAUCUACACCUUAUCAACCUUCUCAGAGUAACGCCCCAUUGGUUUAUCAAAAUGUGCUUGCACCUUCGAGACAAAUGGGAUCCUAUGUUUACUACCCUUGA